GACAGUGAUAUAAUGUCAAGUCAAUUGGAUGGCGUUGGCGCCGAAAUCACCGUUCUUCGGCUUGCUUUCCCUUGUUUUAACUAACCCAACCCAACUAAGCAAAUCGUCCCAAGUGGCGUGCAAUGAAUAAAUAAAUAUCGGAUUAUAAAGACAGAUAAAGCUUGCUUGCUUUCCAAAAUUACAAAUUAUUAAUUGUACAAUCAUAGGGUAUGUUUCUCUUUGUAAUUUUUGCGUAGGUAAAUAUUAUUUUAUAGUACAGACAAGGUAAUUAGAAUUUUGUUUACUAUUGUCAUUGUACGUUUGGAAAGUAUUUGAAUAUUAAAAAUAAUCAAGUAUACCAUUUGUUUGUAAAACGUAUUACUAUAAUGGGUCUCCUACAACUAUGUGAAGAAUAUUUCAAAACAACAAACUUGUAUGAAGUUUUGGGAAUUUCUGAGAAGUCAACCGAUAAGGAAGUUAAGAAAGCCUAUCACAGAUUAUCUUUGAAAGUUCACCCAGAUCGGGUAGAAGAAGAGGAAAAAUUAGAAGCCACUGAAAAGUUUAAAGUCUUGGGAAGUGUCCACUCAAUUCUAACUGAUAAAGAAAAAAGAGCCCGAUACGAUGAGACCAAAAGUGUUGAUGAUGACGAUUCAGAACUGGCGGAACGUGAUUGGGUGGUAUACUGGCGAAUGUUGUUCAAAAAAAUCACCAUUGAUGAUAUCAAAGCUUAUGAAAAAGAAUAUACUGGUUCAGAACAAGAGAAAACGGAUAUUAAACAAGCAUAUUUGGCUGGAAAAGGUGACAUGGACUAUAUCGCUGACCAUGUUCAAUUUGCAAGAACUGAAAAUGAACCACGUAUCAGAGAAAUAAUCAAUAAAAUGAUUGAGGAUAAAGAGAUACCAGCUUAUAAAAUAUUUACACAUGAACCAGAAAAGAAACGACAACGGAGAAUCGCAAAAGAAAAUCGUGAGUCAAAGGAAGCUGAAGAAGAAAAAGCCGAACUAGGCUUAGGAUCUGAACAAAACAGCCUUGAACUGAUGAUACGACAAAAGCAGGAGUCUAGAGCUCAACAAGUGGAUUCAUUCCUCGAUGGUCUAGCUGCUAAAUACUCUAAUAAAAAACCUAAAGCCACCAAACGAAAGGCAGCUGCAAAAUCUGAAACUGUGACUAAAAAUAAAAGAAGGAAGUAAUUUUUUAAAAUAAUUUUCAUUAUAUAAUAACAAAUACAUUUGAAAUUAAUGUUAAACCAACAUUCUCAUUUCACAAUAUUGGUCAAUAAAAUAGUAUUUAUAUUUAAA